CAUAGUGUUUCUCUUGGUAAAAUACAUUUGCAGUCUCCAUUCAUGCAGCCUCGAAUACAGGUAUGAAUCCGGUUCCCAUUGACCUAGACAUUUUUGCCUCUUUUCUGAGUUCCUUUGCGUCACUUGUCUUGGCGUAUCCGGCAUUGUUCUGCUUGGCCUUCACGCCGCUUGGCAUAGCCGCAUCUCCGAAGAAUUGCCACCCUCUGCCCGCCCACCGCCUGGGAGGGAACAAGGUCACCUGCGCCCGGGUACCUGGCCGUGGCUUGGCUGCGCUCCCGGGAAGGUUCUCUUGCGGACUGGAUCUGCUCCGCUCGCCCGUCCGCCCAAGACUUUGGCCUUGCUGUCCCCGGCGCGGGCGUGCUGAAUUUCGCAGAAGGAAUUUGGUGAUCCAAAACUGAGGAAUUGUGUGCCUUGCAGCAAUGUCAGCAGAUGCUGUUGCCAUCCCAGACAACAUAAAUGGUAACAGUUACAGCCAAGAAAGCAAGCCUUCAAAUAGAGUUUCGGAGAAGAAAUGUUCAUGGGCCUCUUAUAUGACUAACUCACCAACUCUGAUUGUAAUGAUUGGUCUUCCUGCACGAGGCAAGACUUAUGUAUCCAAGAAAUUAACUCGCUACCUCAACUGGAUUGGAGUGCCUACAAAAGUUUUUAAUUUAGGGGUUUAUCGUCGUGAAGCAGUUAGAUCAUAUAAAUCAUAUGAUUUCUUCAGACACGAUAAUGAAGAAGCCAUGAGGAUUAGAAAACAAUGUGCCUUGGUGGCCCUUGAAGAUGUGAAAGUUUAUCUCAUGGAAGAGUCUGGCCAGAUUGCUGUCUUUGAUGCAACCAACACAACACGAGAAAGACGGGAUAUGAUUUUAGCUUUUGCCAAAGAAAAUUCUUUUAAGGUUUUUUUUGUGGAAUCUGUCUGUGAUGAUCCAGAAGUCAUUGCUGCCAAUAUAUUGGAUGUUAAAGUCUCCAGUCCAGAUUAUCCAGAAAGAAACCGAGAGAAUGUGAUGGAAGAUUUUCUGAAGAGAAUAGAAUGUUAUAAAGUCACCUAUCAACCCCUUGAUCCAGUUGAUUAUGACAAAGACCUUUCUUUCAUUAAAGUUAUCAAUGUUGGGCAGCGCUUUCUGGUCAACCGGGUCCAAGACUACAUCCAAAGUAAAAUUGUCUAUUAUCUCAUGAAUAUUCACAUUCAGCCACGCACAAUCUAUCUCUGUAGACAUGGAGAAAGUGAAUGCAACCUUAUUAAAAAGAUAGGUGGAGAUUCGGGCCUGUCAACACGUGGGAAGCAGUUUGCUGAGGCAUUGAAAAGGUUUAUCAAAGAGCAAGAGAUUAUGGAUCUGAAAGUUUGGACUAGCCAGUUGAAAAGAACAAUCCAAACAGCAGAAGCCCUAGGAGUGCCAUACGAGCAAUGGAAGAUACUGAAUGAAAUCGAUGCAGGAGUAUGUGAAGAAAUGACAUAUGAAGAGAUUCAGAGAAAAUAUCCAGAAGAGUUUGCACUUCGAGAUCAAGAGAAAUACCUUUACCGCUAUCCUGGAGGAGAAUCUUACCAAGACUUGGUCCAGCGCUUGGAACCUGUAAUUAUGGAAUUGGAACGUCAAGAGAAUGUCCUAGUUAUUUCUCACCAGGCAGUUAUGAGAUGUCUAUUGGCCUAUUUUCUUGAUAAGAGUGCAGAUGAAUUGCCUUAUUUAAGAUGUCCUCUUCAUACCAUCUUUAAGCUUACACCAGUUGCUUAUGGCUGUAAAUUAGAAAUGAUUUCUCUGAAUGUUGAAGCUGUAGACACUCACCGGGACAAGCCAUCUACAGUGAAUAACCUUCUAAAGAGCCAAACCCCUGUAAGGAUGAGAAGGAACAGCUUUACACCACUAGCCAGUCCGGACACAGUAAAACGGCCUCGCAAUUACAGUGUUGGGAGUCAACCUCUCAACCCGGCAGGAUCCCUGCUGUUCCAGGAGGCUCAAGAUCAACAAAAGCUUCAAGAGAGUGUUCAGGCGCUUCAGAUGGAAAGUCCUUACAUGGAGAAAUCAGAUGCAGUCAUCUGAGAACCUCUGGUCUCUAUCUCGACUCCCAAAAAAAAGCUGGCUUAGCAAUGUAGAAGUAUUCCAUUUGUGUCAUAGAAAAACUUCGUGGAUGUCUCUGAAAAAAAAAAUCACCUUCGACUGGAACUACUUGAAUGGUUAUUUAAUGAAGCUGCUUCUGCUGUCUCAGGGGCUUUAAAGCAUGGUGGAUUGUCUCAUUUUUUUGAACUUCUUUAGUGUCUCUGGAAAUGGAGUACUGAACAUUUUCUUCAUGAUAUAUAUAUAUUAAAUGAUCAGCAAUUGAACUUAGAACAAGCUUGCUUUAAAGCUCUUAAGGACUAUUAAUGCACUUAUUGGUUGUCUUUAAGUCACAUCUUUCUGGAACUUAAAAAGCAUCAAUAUUAAAAUUAUAAACCAAUUUCAUACCUGUUUAAAUGUUAUGGCUACCAAAUUAAAAUGCUAAGAAAUACCAUUCUUGUAAUACGUUUAUAGAAAAGCCAUAACAUCUAAGCUACAUUUAAAUAGGUUGAGAUUUAUUGUAUAGAUGUGACUCAUAAAAAAGUUAGAAUUUUUUGCCUCUCCAAAAUACAUAUACCAAUCUGAUUUUGUUUCUUUGUUCAUUAAAUAUUGUAUGUGGAUUGCACUAUAUGACUUAACAAAGUUCUUCCUUAUAUAAAAAUAACUGCAUAAAAAUCUACUUCUCAAACAUGUUGUAGCUAAUUCAAAAAAGACUUGAAUAAAUUCAAGUCUUUUAACUUGAAUUUAUAGUGUUAUAAGUGCAGUAACAGUGAUACUAGACAUUAUUUUACAAUAAAAGAUCUAUUCAGAACAUUUUGCUGAACAGGUAAUAGCAAGAAUGUCCAUUUGAAUCUCCUUCAAUGUUUAGGAGAGUUUAGACUGCAGGAAAUAUGGGCGUUCUCUUUCUUUCAAGGGCAUUUAAUCUUGAAUUCUUGUCUUCAAUAGUUCUUGAGUGGCUAGCUCUCAGGUACUCAUCCUCAUUGUGGGAUAUGAUAAAGAUUAAGUUUUUAAAUGCUGAUUCCAGGGUAUAAACAUCUUAGCCAAAAUGAUAGCAAUAAGGUCUCCAAUAGCAAAGACAAUAUAAAUUUGACUUUGCUAUUUCCUUUCUCAUUUCAGGAGAAAAGUCAAAAGUUAAUAAAUAUUAAAAGUAGAAUUAUUGCUUGCUAACCAGUUUGAAACAACUAUAUUCCCAUUUUACUAGGGAUAAUUUUAAGUAAAUGUACCAUUGAUGUAAGGGUGGAAAGCAAUUCUUAGUAACAAUUAUUCCUUUUAAUGCAAGGGUCUCCAACCUAUGGGCCAUGGCCUACUACUGGGCCAUAGUCUAUUUGCAAUCAGGCUGCAUGAAUGGUGGGCCGGUACGUAAGCACAUGUGCGCACAGCUCAACUUGUGCAAGUUGAGCUGAAUGUGCAUGUGCAUGCCCAUCAGCCUCUCACUCGCACAAGUUGAACUGCAUGUGUGUGCCAGCCAGCUGUUCAUGUGGCCUUGAUUCCCCUCUCCCCUUUCGCCAGGCCGCCAAGCCGCAAAGAUUGGGGACCGCUGUUUUAAUAUAUAAUAAAAGUAGCAGAAGUAUCAUUUAGGCCAAUCAUAGGAUUUUUCCAAAAGUGCCAUCUACAUGAACUAAUUGGAACAGUUAAUGCUACAUAACUCCAAACAAGGAUGAUCUGGAUUUCUAAAAAGUCAGGUAAAGAUCUGCUUGCCAUAUUUUAAAGAUUUUUAAUUGCUGCUCUGUUCUUCAUGAUUCUUAUUUUUUUGUUGAAAGAAAUAUUAUGGCCAACAUGUCUGCAGUGGAGGAGGUCAAAAUCUGCAAGAUGGAUGCUGUGGUAUCAUCAUCAAAGCUACAUGCUUUGAUCGUGGCACAGUGGUUAGCAUGCAGUACUGCAGGGUAAUUCUGCUGACUGCCGAUUGCCAGCAGUUUGGCAGUUUGAGUCUUACCAGUUCAAGGUUGACUCAACCUUCCAUCCUUCUGAAGUCGGUAAAAUGAAGAUCCAGAUUGUUGGGGGCAAUAUGUUGAUUCUGUAAACUGCUUAGAAAGGGCUGUAAAGCAUUGUAAGCCAGUAUAUAAGUUUAAGUUAUUAAUAUAUUUAACUAUUGUUAUGUUAUUUUUGUACCUAUGGCAGUAAAUAUUGAACCUGUGCCUACCAUUUUGCUGAUGUUGACUUCUCCAUGAACUUAUAUGGCAGUGGCCAAACUGGCAUGACAUUAAAUGUCUGUUUGCUUUUGCUGUUGCAAAUACCUUCAAACUUAAGUCUACAAUUUACAUUUUAAAAACUUAUAUGAAAUGCUAAGAUACAUUUGAUAUCAGAGUUGACUUCUGUGCUUGAUGCAAAAUGAUUAACAAUUGAUCUUGGAAAGAUCUUUAAAGCAUAACUUCUAUCCUCCUAUUUUGGUCUCUAACAUUUAAAAUUUGCCUUAUUUCUAGUAGAAGGCAUCUUGUAAUUCGUAUAUGGUGGGCAUGCAAAAGUAGCACAGAACUCAUUGUGUAUUUUUCUCUCUGUAUCCUGAAUAGAGAUAGAAUAUCAGGUAAGUUAAAGCAGUAUAACUGAAAGAUUUAUAUAACUGGAUACAUAUUUUCUUGCUGUUGUUCAUUAAGUACAGUUUUAAAAAAUAAGUUAGUGGCAGUGUUUUGAAUUACUUGUGCAAAUGAGAUAGAUGAUUUCUAAGCAGAGCAAAAUAUGAAUAAAGGGGAUAAAUUCCCCUCUAAAGGUGGGAUGGUAAUGUUGCCGUUGUCAAUGGUGACUUUUCUCUUUUCUUUUAAAUUUAAAAACUCUUAACUCUCAAUGGAGAGAUUUUUUUUCCACAUUUUAAAUUUUGUUUUAAAAUGAUUAUCUCCAAAUACAUCUGUGGAACUUUCUUUCAUCUUUAUUUUCUGACAGAAAACACAUAACCAUAAAUAAAUCAUGGGCCAUGUGCAAUCAGAUGAUCAUUGUUAAAAGGGAGUAAAUGGAGGAAGAACCCUCACCCUACCCUCCUCACUAUCCUCACACUCUAUCCUCACACUAUCCUUACACACCCCUUCAAUUUAUCCAGGAAAUGGUGCAUUCCAUGUGAAAAAGACAGGGACUAGUGACUCCUAUGAAUGCCAAAAUUUUGAUUUUAUUGGCAUUGGCUUAUACAGGCAAUUCUAGCUUUUAUUCAGAAGUAAAUACCCUAAACAUACGAUUUUAACCUUAGCAUUACAAUUUCACUGCAAAGGUAAAAUUAGAGUAGCUCACAAAAUAAAGAAAUUACCAUAGCAUCUCAUUUAGUGCACCAGUACCACACUGCGGUAUUAUUUUAUCUAAAUUCAUAGUAUGGGUUAAUUUAAAAACAUACACACAUUCUGUACUUUACUAAUACAGAUAUGCACAACAAACACAAUAUUUUGCACAAGUAAUGAAAAUGUUUCUCACAUGACAAGAUAAUGUCAAGAGAUAAAUAAUAUAUAUUUUUAUGCUAGGACAUAUUAAUGUAAUUUCAGCAAUUUUGUCUCCUUAAUUGAUAAUAUUUCUUUCUCUGAUACUAGCAUCUACACUUGAAAGAAAAGUUCUGAAUCUAAAGUGAUCAGACCUAUCAAAAUUUUGAGUCACCAAGAAACUGUAAUAGCCAAAAUGCUUUCUAGUCAGGAAGAAAUGAUUUCUUUUUUAAGUGUGUAUAACUUAAACUGGUGUAAGUGACAUAUUGUUGCCUUAACCUGAGAAUGGGUUAGAAACGUAUGUGAAGCAUACCCAUUUGUAAUUAAUGUCUUAAAUGCAAUAUUGUGCUAAUUGUAGUUCUUACAAUGGUACUCAUGCUUAGUGCCUAUAUAAUAAAUUAUGAUGAUGCCUAAUAA